AUGAGUUCCUUCGCGUGGCUCGCUUGCUUCAUUGCCCUCUCCAACGUCGUCCUGAUCCAGGCCCAGUAUGGUGGCUCCCAAGGCUACCCUGGCUAUGGUGCCCCUCCGCCUUACCCCAUCAUAGUGAAGUCUGGCAACGAUGAUGACGGUAUGAAGCACAUACUGCCGAUUCUUCUUCUCUUGCUAUGUGACAAUGGUGGUUUUGGCGGAUGUGGUGGUUGCGGCGGAUUUGGAGGCGGUUGCGGUGGCGGAUGUGGUGGUGGAUGCGGCAAUGGCGGAGGACAAAACAUUCCCAUCCCUUAUCCCAUCCCUAUUCCUAUCAACAGCCCUGUUAUCACUAAUAACUAA